UUCGGAAUACAGUAAUUACCCAUGUUAUAAUUACCUACCUACACGUAGGUACCUAGUCUAUUAUAUAAUGAACUAAGCGUAUGUUUGAGCCCUCUAUGAAGAAUAAUAGGUAUAGCCAUCUACUACGAUACAGUAUCUUACUCACUUUGUUAUCGUCUCCGGUGUUAUCGAAGGUUUUAUUAUGGAAUAUUAUCGCUCCCAACAAGUUUUUUUCUAAUUUCAUUUCGAGUAUAGUGGUAAAAUGUAAUGAAACUUUGGAGCGUGUUCAUUCUGAAUUAUUGUGAUAUUAUUGUGCCUACGAAAUUAUCGUUUUUCCAAAUGCUGUUUCAGUUGGAGAUACUCCUUACUUAGGUUGUACCUAUAUUCAUAAAAUACACAUAUUAGAAAAAAAAAAAAAAAAAAAAUCGUGGCCCCAUAAUUUUGUUGCGACGGUGUGGUGGAAAUGGAAAUUGUAUGUGACGUGUAGCCUAUACGAGUAGGUAUACGUGCGUCGUACUUGAACAAACCCUACAAAAGAUGGAUAUCUUGAUUUUAACAGAUAUAACUGACAAUGGCGAAUCGUGAUAGCGUUGCAUCAUCGGAUGAACACUCGUUGAAAGAUGUACCUUUGGUGGACGAUGGAGCAAAACUGGCAAACAACCGCGAUAAUUUACGCUUGGAGGCGAAAAUGACCUUAUUGAAUGGAGUCACCGUAAUCGUGGGAAGUAUAAUCGGUUCUGGAAUUUUUGUUUCACCUACUGGAGUCUUGAAGUAUACCGGAUCAUCGAAUAUGUCGUUAAUCGUGUGGCUGAGUUCGGGCGUUUUCUCAAUGGUUGGAGCGUACUGUUACGCCGAGUUGGGCUGCAUGAUAUCGAAAACUGGCGCUGAUUAUGCUUAUAUCAAGGAAACAUUCGGCGAAUUUUUAGCUUUCGUCAGAUUGUGGGUAGAAUGCAUGAUUGUGAGACCAUGUUCGCAAGCCAUUGUCGCCUUAACGUUCAGCGUAUACGCAUUAAAGCCUUUUUUCGAAGACUGCGAACCACCGGAUUACCUUUCGAGAUUGUUGGCUGCUGUUUGUAUUAUGUUCUUAACGUUUGUCAAUUGCUGGAACGUGAAAUGGACUACAAUGGUGCAAGAUGUAUUCACAUUCGCCAAAUUAUUCGCAUUAUUCAUCAUUAUUAUCGCCGGAGUCGUCGAAUUAUUCAAAGGACACGUGGAGCAUUUCUCAUUUGAAAAUACAACCUCGGAUGUAACUGCGAUAGCGUUGUCAUUUUAUUCCGGAUUAUUCGCUUAUAACGGAUGGAAUUAUUUGAACUUCAUCAUCGAAGAAUUACAAGAUCCGAUCAAGAAUUUACCUAAAGCUAUCGCCAUCUCAUGCGCCGUUGUUACUUUUGUCUACUUCAUGACGAAUGUGGCGUUUUACACGGUACUUUCUGGCAAAGAAGUGUUGGAGUCUGAAGCUGUAGCAGUUACCUUCUCAAAUAAAGUGCUCGGUAGUAUUUCGUGGAUUAUGCCCAUUUUCGUGGCCCUCUCUACAUUCGGAGCUGUAAAUGGCAUUCUGUUGACUUCUUCGAGAUUAUUUUUCGCUGGUGCACGAGAAGGGCAAAUGCCAGAAAUUUUAACAAUGAUUCAGCUGAAACGUAUUACGCCGAUGCCAGCUGUACUUUGCAUAGCGAUACUAUCGCUUCUGUACCUGAUUGUGGCGGAUAUAUACGCGUUGAUCAAUUAUGUAGGAUUCGCUACUUGGCUCAGUAUUGGUGUCGGAGUUUUGUGUCUUCCAGUAUUACGUUACACGCAACCGAAUUUACCUCGUCCUAUAAAAGUCAAUUUGGUUUUUCCAAUAGUUUAUAUCGUUGCUAGUGUUUUAAUUACUAUUGUUCCUAUGAUUGCUAGUCCUGUCGAGACGGGUUAUGGUUGUUUGAUGAUUGGUACCAGUGUACCUGUUUAUUUCAUUCUGGUAGCUUGGAAAAAUAAACCGGCGGGAUUUUCUCGACUAAUCGGCGACGUUACGCGAACAUUGCAGAAAAUGAUGAAUGUUGCCGGUUCCGACAAUUCGGACAGUUAGUCGUUGAAUGGUGCUACCGGUGCUACGUGUGCUACGUGAACGUGUACGAGACACGAGGAAUGUUGUGUUGUGCUUGCAGUUCUCAAACAUACCGCGAAUUGGUCGUCGUUCUCUUCUUCCAUAUUUUUAUCAUAUCUAAAAUUUUCAAUUAACGAGUGUAUAUGUAUUCCUAAAUCUUCCUUCCGACAUUGAAAAAAAAAAAAAAAUACGUAGCCAAACUUGUAGGUUGCAUCUCGGUACGCAGAAAUAGGUAUCUCGUACUCUCUACGUGAUUUCAUCGGGCAAAGCAAGGCGAGGUGAGACGAGACAAACGUAAGACUUUGGAUGAAAUUGUUUUACGAGUAAUCUUCCUACUCGCAGUUUUCCAUUUAUAAAAACUCACGUAUGUAGGAGCAACCGACUGAUAUUUCUGCCCGUUACCUACCACCUACUGGUAGGUACUCGUACAGUCGUACAUAUAAAUGUGAAUUACCAAGAUUUGUAACUCGAAUAAUAUUUGGCUCUCGGCUCUCGCAAAAUUGAUCUCUUUAAAAUCGUAAUCCGUGAAUUAUUACCUACUAUAAAGUUAAGUUUGAUUAUUUUGACAAUAAUAUCAAAGUUUUUAUUUCAAAUAAGUCGUAAGUGAUUUAUCGAGUAUUACGAGGUCUAACCUCGGUUUAUUAUUUGUUUAUGUUUAUGUACUUGUAUGUAUGUAUAAGGCGAAUCCAAAUUACCUAUAUCUACAUGUAUGAUGUUUAUAAUAUCUACUCAGCCUACAGAGAAUUUAGAUACGUGGGGAUACCUAUCAGAUAUGUAUGUACAUGUACGUACCUACCUACCUAUCGUCUAAUCGCCAGUCGGAGUCGAAUUCAAUUAAUGAAUGAAAUAAAAUUUUUAAUCAACUUUAACUAAAAUCUGUAAUGCAGUUUUAAAAACUAAGUAUACAUAAUUGCUGUAAUUAGGUAGAUACCUACUUAAUAACAAUGCCUAGGUACAAGUAUAUACGUAAAGAAUACGUUUAUUUGGUAUCUCGAGACAUCCCGGUACGGUAGGCUGGUACGCAGUGUAGGUAUAAUCUGAUGGACAGACAUGGUAUGCAUUUUUGGUACAUACGUAGGUACCUAAGUCUUGGUAUAUUCGUAUUCGCAAAAAAAAUUAUUUCAUUACGAAACGCAUUAAAAGCUUAAGUAUUAAAA